GCGCGCCCGGCGCCGAGGCGAGAAGAUGCUGGCGAGGCGGCCGCGCGACCCCCUGCAGUCCCUGCUGCGCAGGGGUCGGGAGCUGAGGCAGCAGGUUGAUAGUUUGCUUUCUGAGAGUCGAUUGAAAGGAGCUCUAGAAGCCAGUAAAAGGCGAGAUAUUUACCAAAGAUGUGUCCAAUUAAAACAGGCAAUCGAUGACAAUAAAAAUGCUCUUCAAAAAUUGGACAAAGCCGAUGAACCUGCACCUGUCGGGAACCGUCAUCAGGAAAAGGCGGAGGUGCUUGGUCUCCUGGACAAGCUGACCCACCAGCUGCAGGAACUUGCCGGGUCCAUAAGUAGAGAAAGUAGAACUGAAAUUGAGGCAGUUACUGAAAGAGAGGAAGGUGAUUUUUCUGAAGAAGAUGAAGACGAUGAUGACGAAGAAGAAAGUGAGGAAAGUGAGGGGGAGGAAGAGGAAACGGAAGAGGAAGAGGAAGGGAAAGAGGAACACGACUCUCAGCCAGAGGCAGCAAGUAAAGCUUACACUGCUGUUGGAGACUUCACUGCGCAGCAAGCCGGGGACCUUACAUUUAAGAAAGGGGAAAUUCUCCUUAUAAUUGAAAAAAACCCGGAUGGUUGGUGGAUGGCUAAGAAUGCCGAAGGAAACAAAGGUCUCGUUCCCAGAACCUACCUGGAGCCCUGUCCUAAGGAAGGCCAAGAGUCAAGUGAAGAAGGCAGCGAAGGCGAUGUGGAGGUCGGGGGUGAGGCAGCAGAGGGCGCGCCAGGUGAACAAAGAACCGAUUCUCAUUGGAGUGCUGUCCAGAAAGCUCUCUCAGAGCAUCUUCAGCAGAAAAACACUGUUGAUGUGUUGACCACGAUGGGAGCUAUUCCUGCCGGAUUCAGGCCUUCCACACUCUUCCAGCUUCUGGAGGAAGGGGCUCAAUUUCGAGCAAGUACCUUCUUACAGCCGGAGCUUACUCCUUCACAGCUGGCCUUCAGGGAUCUCCUGUGGGAUGCUAAGUCAGGCACGAUUCGGUCAAGGGCAAGUCGUGUCUCAUUGAUUCUCACGCUCUGGAGCUGUAAGAUGAUUCCAGUUCCGGGAGUGAGCAUCCAGGUUCUCAGCAGACACGUGCGCCUCUGUCUGUUUGAUGGCAGUAAGGUUCUGAGCAACAUUCAUACAGUCAGAGCCACAUGGCAACCGAAAAAGCCCAAAACAUGGACCUUUUCUCCCCAGGUUACUGGCACGUUGCCGUGCUUGCUUGAUGGUGAUUGUUUCAUCAGGUCCAAUUCUUCAUCUCCAGAUCUUGGAAUAUUAUUUGAACUUGGAAUUUCUUACAUUCGCAAUUCAACUGGUGAAAGAGGAGAAUUAAGCUGUGGCUGGGUGUUUCUUAAACUUUUUGAUGACAGUGGAAUUCCUAUUGCAGCAAAGACUUACGAGCUCUUACUGAGUGGUGGCGCCCCCUAUGAAAAAGGUGUGGAAGUGGACCCUUCAGUGUCCAGAAGAGCUCAUGGGAGUGUUUUUCAUCAGAUGAUGACAAUGAGGAGGCAGCCACAGCUUCUAGUAAAACUGAGGUCUUUGAACAGAAGAUCAAGAGACAUACUAAGUCUCCUGCCAGAAACAUUAAUUGGAAGCACAUGCUACAUUCAUCUGUUGGUAUUUUAUCGCCAAAUUCUUGGAGAUGUUCUCCUGAAAGACCGGAUGAGCAUGCAAAGUGCUGAUUUAAUCAGUAAUCCCGUACUGGCCACCUUCCCUAAGCUCUUGGAGCAGCCUGACCUGAUGGAUGCGCUCAGGAGUUCGUGGGCUGAGAAAGAAAGUACAUUAAAAAGAUCAGAGAAGAGAGACCCAGAGUUCCGGAAGGCCAUGUUCCUCCUGGUUUACCACGACUGCGUGGUCCCCCUUCUCCACGGGACACUCCUGCCCCCCUUCCGCUGGGCAGAGGAGGAGACUGAAGCAGCCAGGUGGAAAGUCAUCACUGACUUCCUGAAGCAGAACCAAGAAAACCAGGGUGCCCUCCAAGCUCUGCUGUCACCAGAGGGCGUCCAUGAACCUUUUGACAUUUCAGAGCAGACCUAUGACUUCCUGGGCGAAAUGAGACAGAAAGCAGCCUGACAGUGGUGGCCUGUGACCUCCACUUUCCACCAUGACACCCUGAUGAAGUGACAGAAUCAGAAGUAACUGUCACAUUUAACUUAGCUUUACACUUCUCUAUGCAGACCACAUUCUAUAAGAAAUAUCUCUCUGAAAAUGGGAAUCUUUUAAUACAAUAAAAUAAGUUUUUAUAAGGAAUACUGUUAUAGCUAAAUUUACAGAUAAUUUCUUCAAAAACCAACUAACAAAUUUAAGUUGACUAUACCUGUAGAUUUGUGUAACAGCAAGAUUUGAUCAAAAGCUGAAUUAUGAUUAUUCAAGAAAGUAAAAAUGCAAUCCAUAGAAUGGGAGGAGAUAUUUACAAAUCAUAUGUCUUGUAAGAGUCUAGUAUCUAGAAUAUAUAAAUGUAUGAUUGUUGCUAAGAGAAUUUAUGCUGGGAAAUGAAGGAGAAAUCAGCAUGGCCUAUUAGAAAGCUGUGCUGUUAAUCACUUCACUCAGUCUUAACAUUUGAAUGUUACUUAUCCCAAUUAGAUAUAAAGGA